AUGGAAAUGAAACAGAUGAAACAAAUUGUCCAGAAGGCUGGCCCUUGCCGAACGCAGUAUACAAUGUGUGAUAUGCACUGGGAUUGCUUGAAUGGUGAAGAUGAGGUAAAUUGCACUAAAUAUCGUGAUAUGUUUGGUAAACCAUUUAACACGAAAUGUAAUAUCAAUCAACAUUAUUGUGUGCAAUCACACACUGGUGAAUACGGAUGCUUGUCGUCAAUCGAUAAAGCUAAUGAUGUGAUAGACUGUUUAGGAUCUACGGAUGAGCGACAGUAUUGUAUAGGCCUAUAUCCAAGUCAACCUGAACGAUAUUAUCGUUGUUGGAAUUCAACGCAGUGUAUAACUAUUCAACAAGUCUGUGAUUGCCACAAGCAUUGUUUACCUGAUGAUGAUGAUGAAUUAGUUUGUCCAUGGAUGAAAUGUGGCGAUCCCGAAGAAAUACGUUUUGAAUGUAUCGAUGGUACAUUGACUAAACGAGCUCUACGCUGUGAGGGAGUAUCAUGUCCGUUCAGUGAAGAUAAAAUACUUUGCGAUUUGAUCAGCAGGCCAAGAAGAAAAGCGAUACUAUUUGAUACAGAAAGUUUUCUCGAAUACCCUCAAUCAUCGCUGUUGUUGAAACAAUCAGAAAUAAAGGCAAUCAUAAAAUGA